AUGAAAACGAACUUUUUUGCAGAAUGUUUGGAUUGGACGCUUAUGGACUUUUUGAACUUUCGUCGGAAAGAAGAGAAUUGGACGGCGGAUAAAGUGAAGGAGCACAACACGUAUGUUAAGACCCUUGGCAUGCUUACAAGCAGUGGCUCAAGCGAACAUCAAUCUAAAGCAUUUUCUGCUCUAAAAGCAUUUACAGUUAACAUCACAAUGCUUGACAAUUUGAACGAAGAUACCACUGUUCUAGAUGGGUUUGGAAGCAGAUAUCCCAGGUUGACUAUCACGUUAUACCACAUCACAACGCUUGACAAUCUGAACAGUGAUAUAACUGUUCUAGGUCAAGUUGUUGAUGACUAUCAUGAUGAAGCCAGCGGAGAAAAUGUCUUCUAUUUUUGGCAUACCAUCGCCCAAGAAAAGAAAGAGUUAAAGCUAAUGACCCUUGAGAACAAAAAGAUGAUCUUUCAAAAGGAAAAAGAUAUGUUGAUUGAACGCACGGCACUUCAACAUGCCAAACUGUUGUGUACCACAGCACAGGAAGUUGGAUCCCAAUCGAAAAUGGUACAAGAAGAAAUUACCGAGAUCAUACCUGGCUUACAAGGAACUAAGCAUGGCCGUGACAUAGAAGAGGAGGAUGACGAAUUUAAUGCUGAUAUAACAAUUAUCGGUGGCAAAAGCACAGAUUGGAUCGUUAAUGGGAUCCAUAUAAGAGAAAGGCUGACACAAUACCAGCUUGAUAAAAAUCCAUCGAAAACGAAACCAGAGUAUUAUGACGUUAUUUUCUUCAAUUCUAAUGACAAGGAUGGUUUCUUAGGGACAUUAGAUAAAAGUAUCAUUGUACAGAUGCGUAACGAUAUAAGGAAGAAAGAAGAAAAAACAAAAGAUAAUAUGGAGCAAGAGAUUAAAUUAUUUCUUGAUAGUAUUAUUGAUCGUGAUAUAAAAAAGACUAAGGAGAAACUUAAUCGACGGAAAGAAGAAACUAUUUCUUCAUUUGAAAAGAGCUUCGCGUUGCAUUUUGUGAGUCGUAUGAUAGAAUUAAUGGAAGAUGUGAAUUUGUUUCUUGAUCCUAUGUCUGAGGGAACAUAUAUCGUUAAUGUUUUAGCACCCAUUCUCGGUUACUUCUUCAUUAAAAAUAAAAAAGAUUGGCUUGCAUCAUACGGAGAAACUUGCCUCAAGGCGAGUGCAAAAGAUGGUAAUUCUCAAAAAACAGAUGACGAACGCCGAUCUAGUGGAAAGAAAAUAGAUACUAUUAUUUCCAUGAGAGAAGAAGAUAAAGAAUUUUCUGUAACUGAAGUCAGUGGACCUCCGAUAAAAAAUGAUUGGGCACACUUUAAGGGUGAUCGGAUGAAGAUCACGAUGAUGUUAAAAACUUUAAUGAAUCAGUUUGCAGAGCUUAGUCCGAGUUCUGACAUUACUCUGGUCAGGUUAUAUGGAUUACAGUCAUAUUUAAAUGAGUUAACCAUUUACGAAUUUCAACUCAAAUAUACCGAGAUUUAUACUAUGGAAGCAACAUUAACAUUUUCCUUACCUAAGACAUGGACAGACAUGGCAAAGGCCCAUGAAACUGUAAUGGGCUUGUUGAAGUAUGAGUGCCUAUUAUCUGAAAGCUCAAAAACUAUACGAGACUUUCUAUGGAAUAAAGAUAGUAGGGUUGAAGCUAUUAAAAUGACAACACGGAUGAUUCACACCCCUGAAACAGUUAAUGGCGCAGAAUUUUCACUUGAAAAAUAUAAAGAUUUGCCUAUAUCAGGAUUUGAAUUUUUAACUCAAGUGAUCGCUGUGAAGAUUCUUCGUGCACUUGUAAUUCGUCCAUUUAUAAGUAUUGCAAAAGGUCUAAAUACUCACACCGGGGAUUUAAGGGGAGGCGUUUACUUCGUCGACACCCAUUUCAUCGACACCCAUUCAGUGAAGGUUCUAGAAGAUGGUAAUAUAGAACAAAUAGAAUUAGACGAUUUUUCAGCAGAACCUUUUGAAGAGGGCGUUAAAGAAGACGCAGAGAAAGAAGAAAAAGAUUCGAAAAUUAAUUGA